AUGUCACCACCUUUCCCUGAGUCGAUCACGGCCCCUCACGAGCAUCAUGACCACCAUGUUCACCAUCGUCCAUUGGCAGAAUCAAUAGCCAUAUCCACGAGAUCGAUCCACGCCAGGCUUAACAAGCUCAUAAUUGCCCGCUUACCACUCGCUCUCCCACCUCGAGCUGCUGACCCGUCUAUUUAUGUCUCGGGCCUGCUCCACAUUGCGCCCAUUUACAUGACCUUUGAGCGGCUAUGGCGCAACAUCCUAGAUACAGAUCCCGAGGCAGACCACGAAACCACAGCAGGGGAUUGCUGUGAUCCCGACAUGCCGCUCUUGGCUUCUGCUGGCGUACCUUUGGAAGGACACGAAGCUGGUGGACAAGGUGUACACAACCCUCCGGUUUGCGAACGGAUACACUCGCUUCUCCAGCAUCUCCACCUGCCUGGCCUCAUGCGCUCAGAUCGUCUCAAGGCAGAUAUCGCUUCUCUCACAGGGUGGCCGGACCACGUUGUCGAGGAGCAGCUUAGAAGCAUUGGCCAGACUGGUCGCCUCGCCCAGUUCACCAAUCACAUUAAGAGAGCGAUUGAGAAUCGACCACAUGUGCUCUUGGCAUACUCAUACAUCCUAUUCAUGGCACUUUUCGCAGGCGGACGCUUCAUCAGAGCUUCCCUCGAAUCCGCUGGGAACGAAUUCUGGGAACAACUCCCAUCACCUGUCCUGCCAACCGAGCUCUCUUGCCAACAUUCGACCAGACCCAUCGAGCGAGCGAGCGGACUGACGGACGAGGAGCUCCCCGAGGACGACCAUAAUUCUCAUGCAGAUCACAAAAUGCCCUUGCGCUUCUUUCACUUCAAAUCUGCCGAAGAUGGCGAGGAGCUUAAACGCGAGUUUAAGAAACGGCUUGUGGACUUGGAGAGUAUCCUCACGGACGCUGAGAAGCACGAUGUGAUCCAGGAAGCCGUCUGCAUCUUCGAGAACAUGACGCUAAUGAUCGAUCAACUCGACAUGGUAUGCGCGGAUCUGGAUCAAAAUAAUGGUGAUGAGAUCACUUCGCUUAAUAACCUUGCUGGCAUGGUCAACCCCAUCGGUGCCCGAUUCAGGGACAGCGUUUCUAUUGCCAAAGAACGCACCGCGAGAUCUUCCAGGCUAUCGACCAGCAGUGACGACAGCACCUGCUCUAUCAUCAAGAGAGCUAUAGGAGCCCUGCGAGCCGAGUCGAGAUCUUCCCCGGGCGAGCUCAGUGCUCAUAGCCAAAGCGGCCAACCCCCCAUGUCCAGCAUGGCCGGUGUGGAACUCUGUCCUGCAUUCCCCAAGUCUAUGAGAUUUGAAAAGACUCUACCUAAACCAACACGAAGUCCAACACUCCCGGUAGAUGGUAGCACUCACCCUGACGAGCGUCUCAAGUUGGCAUCUCGGAGGUUACAAGGUGUGCACGUCGCCAACUGGCUCAUAAUGGUUGCCUUUGGGGCGGCCGUCAUUGGGGCUCUUGUGUCCGGACGAGGAGGUGGGUACGUGGCAUAA